GCGGCAAGGGUUCCAGCGACCGCGGGAAGAGUCCUUGGAAGCGGAGCGGCGACUCAGCGAGGGUUCCAGUUGGCCACAGAGGUACCCCAGCCCCAGACCUUUCCACUGACAAGGUGUUUCCAGCCUGAAGCCGCCCUGCAGGCUCAGCGUCCAUCUAGUAACGUACUUCACCGCGCCGAGAACCUGAUCUCAGUAUCUGCCCGCAUGUUGGGAGGAUUAGACGGCUGAUGAGUAGAGCCUGCUAGCUGUCCUUUAACAAACUCUUCAAAUCAUGGACAAACAAAAUGUGCAAGAGAAUGCUCCUGACUCAGGAACAAAUUUCCCAGCCGGGGGUCCUCCUCAGUAUCCUACAGCAGCAUUCCAAGGACCUCCAGGACAUCCUGUCUACCCUGGCCCCCAGAUUGGCUAUCCUGGCCCUCAGGCUGGCUAUCCUGGCCCUCAGGCUGGAUACUCAUACCCACCAGCUGGUUAUUCAGGUGCUGGCCCAGUGGGCUUUCCUGUCCAAGAACAGCCAAUGUAUAAUCAGCCAGGUAGACCUGCACAGGUACUGUGGAUGCCAGUACCACUGCCUCCACCAGACUGCCCACCCGGGUUGGAAUAUUUAAGUCAGAUAGAUCAGAUACUGGUGCAUCAACAAAUUGAGCUUCUGGAAGUCAUAACAGGUUUUGAAACUAAUAACAAAUACAAAAUUAAGAAUAGCCUUGGACAGAUGAUUUACUUCGCAGUCGAGGAUACUGAUUUCUGUACUCGAAACUGCUGUGGGUCUUCGAGGCCCUUCACCAUUCGGAUUCUUGAUAAUUUGAACCGAGAAGUCAUGACCCUGCAGAGGCCGCUGGCAUGUGACAGCUGCUGUUGUCCUUGCUGCCUUCAGGAGAUAGAAAUCCAUGCUCCUCCUGGUAUACCAGUAGGUUAUGUUAAUCAGAUGUGGCACCCAUGCCUACCAAAGUUUACAGUUAAAAAUGAGAGGAGAGAAGACAUACUAAAAAUUAUUGGCCCAUGUCUUGUGUGCAGCUGUUGUGCAGAUGUUGAUUUCGAGAUUAAAUCUCUUGAUGAAGAGAAUGUGGUUGGCAAGAUUUCUAAACAGUGGACUGGUUUUGUGAGAGAGGCAUUUACAGAUGCCGAUAACUUUGGCAUCCAGUUCCCUCUGGACCUGGAUGUGAAGAUCAAAGCUGUAAUGCUUGGUGCCUGCUUCCUCAUUGACUUCAUGUAUUUUGAAAAGUCUGGAGGCAAUAAAUAGAAAGGAGGAGUGUGGUAAUGGCUUAAUGAAAGUCCCCUUAGAAAAUUUGGAAUCUAUAUAUCAUUUAUAAAAGAAAAACUCAGUGGUUUUUUUAUUUAUUGAAAUAAUGUAUAGCAUAUACAACUUACACUAUGAUUCUUGAAGCUCCAGGUAUUUGAUUUCCUUUUUUAAAUUACAGAGUUUAUUUUCUAUAUCACUUACUUGUAAAUGUCUUACUUAUCUUCUUUUAUACAUUUUAUUUUUCAUUGUGUGUUUCAGAGAAAGAACAUGGGAAGUUUUACAUUUAAACACGAAACUUCCAAAGUUCAUUAAAGCCUUACUAAAGUAACUUUGAUAUAGUUAUGUUAUUUUAUUAAAUCUAGUAACAGUUUAUUUUAUAUGUUGCAGUUGUUAUUUUGCAAAUACUAUAUGUUCAAAAAAGUUUAAAAAAAUGAAUGUAAUUUCAGUUUCCUUUAUAAUUAUGUUCAAAUAAUACUCAAUAUUCAUAGUAUCAAGGAAAAGCAAAAUUUGUUUGUUUUUUUCAACAAAUCACACUGUAUUUAACUUCUCCUAUAAGCUAUCUACUACUAUAAAAAUAAGAUUUCCACAUUGGCAAGAAAAUAAGUUAACCAAUUUUUGAUGAUUUUCAGUGAAAAAAGACAUGAUUCUGUCCCAAAGAACACAUAUACUUACUCACUUUAAAAAUGGAAUGUUGUUACAAUUUUUGAAGUAAUUAUUUUGCACAUGGAAUAUUUACCUCAUAUCAAUCAUUCAUAAACAUGGUAGUUAUGAAAUAGGUGUUAAUUAAGUAGAACAUAUAUAUUCCUUCUGAGUAUUAAUUUCAGUAAUGGUCUAGUGGAUUAUUUAUACCAAUAAUCAAACAACUGAAAUAAAAAACAUUUGACAUA